AUGGAGGACAGCCUCGGCUCAGCCCGGGAAAAAAGUGUCGCUCCAUGCUUGUUUAGAGGCAGACGCCGCUGGGCAACCAACGCUUCAAUCCCCUUCAUUCCACAGUACCUGAUAGUCCGGUGCCUCCGAUACUCGUCACAAGAACAGGGUUGCACUGAAUUCGACUGUACAAACGAAUUUGUCGCAAUUGUAUUACUAGAAACGGAUUGCAACCAAAUAGGGCCUCUUGCAUUCGGUGAUAAUCGUGCUCUGAUCCUCAUCGACACUAAACCCACUUGGGUUGGUGAGUUAAGUGGUUUUUCUGGGCAUGCUUGA